AAUGAUAUAUGACACAUCAACACGAUGUUGCUCAUUGGCUGGCGUUGGAGAUUUUAAGUCGCGUCCGCUGUCUUAUCUUUCUAUUCACCAGAUUCAUUCCAGAGGACUGUAUUUCAGAGGCAUACAUUCUUACAGAAAGAGAAAAAUGGCUGUGACCCAUCAGCCCGGCAGCUACGCAGCCUCAGAUUUCCAGACAGGCCUGUGUAGUUUCUGUGAUGACUGUGGGACAUGCUGCUAUGGGCUGUGCUGUUUCCCCUGCAUGUGCUGCUCCAUUGCCAGCGAUAUGGACGAGUGCUGCUUGUGCGGCCUCAACAUGGCCAUACGCAGCGUGUACAGAACCAAGUACAACAUCAAGGGCUCCUUGUGCAAUGACUGGCUUGUCCAUAGCUUCUGUCUGGUCUGCUCAGUCUGCCAGCUGAAGAGAGACAUUGAUCGAAGAAAGGAGCAAGGGGUCCUCUAAGCCGGUAAAGACUGGAGACGUGCACCGCUGCGGACUGUCAAUACGUGUAACAAGGUACAGAGAUAAAUCCACCAAAUCAAGUCUUCUGCGCAUGUCCAAUCGUCCAAUCAAAAAUGGCGACUCCAAAUUUUGAAUGUGAUAAAUGAUAAAUAUAUUGGUAUGAUGUAUUCCUUAACACCUUGACGCAAUGGUUCAAGUAAUAAACUUGUGUUGCACUUA